AAUUUUAAGAUGGCGGCGGCGGCAGCAGCGCGGAAAACAAUGGGGCCGGGGCGGCGGGGACAGGCCGAGGCCUGAACCGGGCAGCGAGUGCCGGCUGGGGGUCGGGCCGAGCGGGGCAGGAGAAAGACCCGCCACCGCUCCACAACCUGCAGGGGCAUGGCGCAGCCGUGAGGCGGACUAGGACCGCCGCGGGGAGCGGAGCCCGCAGUGCCAGCCGGCCCCGAGAGGCCCGGCCCGUGAAGCCCACGGCCCAUGGUGCUGCCCACCUGCCCUAUGGCGGAGUUCGCGCUUCCGCGGCACAGCGCGGUCAUGGAGCGCCUCCGCCGGCGCAUCGAGCUAUGCCGGCGCCACCACAGCACCUGUGAGGCCCGCUAUGAGGCCGUAUCACCCGAGCGCCUGGAGCUGGAGCGCCAGCACACCUUCGCCCUGCACCAGCGCUGCAUCCAGGCCAAGGCUAAGCGCACCGGCAAGCACCGGCAGCCGCCUGCUGCGGCCCCGGCCCCAACGUCCGCCGCGCCCGCCCCUGCUCCGCGCCUCGACGCCGCGGACGGCUCGGAGCUCGGCCGUCCAGUCGCGCAUCUUCAUGAUACAGUGAAGAGGAAUCUUGACAGCGCCUCCUCCCCUCAGAAUGGUGAUCAACAGAAUGGCUAUGGAGACCUCUUUCCUGGGCAUAAGAAGACCCGCCGGGAAGUCCCUCUGGGAGUAGCCAUCUCUUCCAAUGGACUGCCUCCAGCCUCCCCACGCGGAAAGCCUGAUAAGCCUCCUGGGGGAGAUGCCUUGCAGUCCAGUGGGAAGCACUCUUUGGGGCUAGACUCUAUCAACAAAAAAUGUCUGGCAGACUCAAGCCUCCACCUGAAUGGAGGCAGUAACCCCAGUGAGUCAUUUCCUCUGAGCCUGAGUAAAGAACUGAAGCAAGAGCCUGUCGAUGACCUGCCUUGCAUGAUUGCUGGGGCUGGGGGCUCCAUAUCGCAAAGCAACCUCAUGCCUGACCUCAACCUGAAUGAGCAGGAAUGGAAGGAGCUCAUCGAGGAGCUGAACAGGUCAGUGCCCGAUGAAGACAUGAAGGACCUGUUUACUGAGGACUUUGAGGAAAAGAAGGACCCAGAAUCUUCUGGUUCUACCACACAAACCCCUUUGGCACAGGACAUUAAUAUUAAGACAGAAUUUUCUCCAGCAGCCUUUGAGCAAGAACAGUUAGGCUCUCCACAAGUGAGGGCUGGGUCUGCAGGACAGACCUUUCUGGGGCCUUCAUCUGCCCCUGUGAGCACAGAUUCCCCCAGCCUAGGGGGCUCUCAGACCCUGUUCCACACCUCUGGUCAGCCUGGAGCAGACAAUACCAGUCCAAGCCUGAUGCCGGCAUCAGCCCAAGCCCAGAGUACACAAAGAGCCCUCCCAAAUGUAGUGUUGCCUAGCCAGGGUCCAGGAGGGACCUCAGAGUUGUCCUCUGCCCACCAACUCCAACAGAUUGCUGCCAAGCAGAAGCGUGAGCAAUUGCUCCAAAAUCCACAGCAGACUGCUCCAGCCCCCAGCCAGAUGUCCACAUGGCAACAGACGGGGCCUUCCCACAGUCCCUUAGAUGUCCCUUACCCCCUGGAGAAGCCUGCCAGCCCUCCUAGCUAUAAGCAAGACUUCACUAACUCCAAACUGCUCAUGAUGCCUAGUGUAAACAAGAGUUCCCCUCGGCCUGGAGGUCCCUACCUCCAGUCCAGCCAUGUGAACCUGUUGAGUCACCAGCCACCAAGUAACCUGAAUCAGAACUCUGUGAAUAACCCAGGGUCAGUGCUGGACUAUGGCAAUACAAAACCCCUUUCUCAUUACAAAGCAGACUGUGGGCAAGGCAGCCCUGGGUCUGGCCAGAGCAAGCCAACCCUGAUGGCUUAUCUCCCCCAGCUGUCUCAUAUGAACAAUGAGCAAAACCCCUUGUUUCUGAUGAAACCAAAACCAGGAAAUAUGCCCUUCCGAUCGCUAGUUCCACCUGGCCAGGACCAGAACCCUUCCAGCGUCCCUGUGCCAGCCCAGGCCUCCAGUGUUGGGACCCAACCUCCUACUGUGUCUGUGGCCAGCUCUCACAACAGCUCCCCCUAUCUCAGCAGCCAGCAACAGGCAGCUGUAAUGAAGCAGCAUCAGUUGCUUUUGGAUCAACAGAAACAGAGGGAGCAGCAGCAAAAGCAUUUGCAACAGCAGUUCCUUCAAAGGCAACAGCACCUUCUGGCAGAACAGGAGAAGCAGCAGUUUCAGCGCCAUCUGACCCGCCCACCACCCCAGUACCAAGACCCAACACAAAGCACCUUCCCACAGCAGGUCGGACAGUUCCCAGGGUCCUCUGCUUCCAUGCCUGGUAUGAACAACUUGGGUCCUUCCAACUCCAGCUGUCCUCGAGUAUUCCCUCAGACUGGGAAUCUGAUGCCAGUGGGCCCUGGACAUGCUUCGGUUUCCUCUCUCCCCUCAAACUCAAGCCAGCAGGACCGGGGUGUGGCUCAGUUCACCAAUUCUCAAAGCAUGCCUCAGACCAGCCUGUAUGGCAUGGCCUCUAGCAUAACUCAGAUAGUUGCCCCUCCACAGGCCACCAAUGGACAUACCCACAUCCCACGGCAGACCAGCGUGGGCCAGAACACCUCAGUUUCAGUUGCCUUUGGGCAGAACUCUCUAGGAAACUCUGGCCUCUCCCAGCAACACAAUAAGGGGGCCCUUAACUCUGGUUUAACUAAACCACAGGUCCCAAGAGUGUCAGCAGCCAUUGGAGGCCAGAAUCCCUCAUGGCAACAUCAGGGAAUACCAAACCUGAGUGGCCAAGCCCCAGGGAACAGCAGCGUAAGCCCCUUUACUGCAGCUUCCAGUUUCCACAUGCCACAGGCCCAUCUGAAAAUGUCUAGCCCGCAGUUCUCCCAGGCGAUGCCCAGCAGGCCCAUCGCUCCUAUGAGCUCAGCAGCUGUGGCGGGGUCCUUGCUGCCUCCAGUGAGCGCGCAGCAGAGGACCAGUGCUCCUGCCUCAGCACCUCCCCAGGCACCCCCGCAGCAGGGCUUGCCCAGCCUGAGCCCAGCAGGGCCUGAGCUGGGGGCCUUCAGCCAGAGUUCAGCCUCACAGAUGGGCAGCCGGGCCGGGCUGCACUGUGCCCAGGCCUACCCUGUGCGGACCGCGGGCCAGGAACUAUCCUUUGCCUACAGUGGGCAGCCAGGCAGCAGUGGGCUGUCCAGUGUGGCUGGGCACACCGACCUGAUUGAUUCCCUGCUGAAGAACAGGACUUCAGAGGAGUGGAUGAAUGAUUUGGACGACCUUUUAGGGUCUCAGUAGUGGAGGGACUUAACGGUAGUUUUAGUAUUCAUAUAUUCUAUAUUUUGUUCUUGGAUUUAAGAAAACUACUUUGGACCAAAAGCCUGUGGCCCAGAGAGCUGGGCAGGCAAAGUCUGAGCCCUGGCUAAGAUGUAGCCUGGUCAGGGUCUGUGGGCAUGUGGCUCCCAGGCCAGCAGUUGUGGUCUGUCGGGCUGGCCCCAGCCCAUCUGCUGGCAUCAUCACCUGGUGGUGGGACAGGAGGAUAGGAUUCUAAAGGUGGUAUUCCAUCCAAAUGACCAAAAAAACAACAGUAACAACAGUGAAACCCCAGCAUUGGGCUUAUAAAACCUGUGCCAACAUAUUGACUUUAUCCAAGAAUUCUCCACUUGCCCCAGUGUUGGGGACAAGUUUUUGUUGAAACUUUAUAUAGCAGAAUUAUUUGCAAUUUGUAGCAUAGAAAAGAUUUUUUAAAUUUUUUAAAAAGAGUUUUUAAACAGAUUAGGAUAGGUGGUGGUUUAAAUCGAUCAAGUGGCAUUGGAAACCCCUGGGUUUCCUUUUGAUUAAGAGCCUUUUCUGUUUCUGCUUUGUCAGUUUUCAAGGGAGAAGGAGGGCCAUUGGAAAAUCAUUUCCAUAAAUACGUGCUGUGACUGCGUAUGCCAAAAAGGAAUAGGAUGCCUUGGGAUAGCAGAUCGGCUAACAUAGAUAGGGUCUUCCUAGCAGCUCCUCCUCCUUCCUGGGUCCCUAGGAAUCCCUUCCUGCCAUGCUCUGGCAGCAGAAGCCCAGGUAAAUGCUGCAGAUAGAGUUUUGGGGUUCCUGUGUCCUCUGCCAUACCACCCCACCUUCUGAAGUUCCUCCAAAUGCUUGUGUUGAAUGCAGUGGGAUCAUGGUUACUGUGUGGUUGUGCAUAAGUAUCUUUCUUUUACCCGUCUUCAGUUCCCAUGACCUUUCUCCCUCUUCUCUCUCUCCAGCCAAAGUAAAAAACAAUGAUUUACUACAUUGGGGGGAAUGAAAGAGUCUCUAGAGUCCCUGGGGGAACCCUAGCAUUGCAGAGGUUUUGGGGAAGGAGGCUACAGGCUGGCCCAGAGGAAGGAGCUUCACUUUGCUUGAUGAUUUCUGCCGCUCACAUGUUGGACGACUUGCACUUUUUUUAAGAGAUUGCUUUGUAACACUAAAAUAAACUUUUUAAAGAUUCAGGUGGACUUGAAUAAACUUGAGAGUCCACAAGAUAGAAUUUGGCAUGUGGACUGUUUGUGAAAAAGGAAGCUGGAGAGGGCACUUCCCCAUAGUGAAAGCACGGCGGUAAGCACAGGCGAGACCCUACACAGGGUGGUGGAGAGAGGAGUGCACUGAAGAGUGGCUUCUACCCAGAGUGGUCUGAGAGAAUCCACAGCUCUAUUUUUAUGUUUCUGGAGUCUCAAAAUUGAUCAUUCAAGGAGCAUAAUACCUGAAGAAUUGAGCCAAGAAAAGUAUUCACACAACCAGCCCAAGUUGCUUCAGGGGGCUGAGAAGGUUGUACACACAUUGGUAAUUAUUUUGCACCAGCAGUGCCUUUCUCACUGAGGUUACUUAGACCUUCAGAUUUUCUUCUCUAAUAGCCAUUUGCCACCCUGAGUGGUGUAUGGGCCAUUUCUCCUUAAAACACCCCCCCCUGCCUUCCCCUUAUGUUUAGUUUAGCUCUCAAAGAAGAUGAAUCAUAAGGCCAGUGAAGACUCCACCCUCUGAAUGAGUUCCCCAAUCUGAAGGGGAAGAGGGUGACUUCAGUGGGUUUUCUGCCAAAAAUAGGGCUGACAGCUGGUUAUGGAUCCUUUUCCUCUCCUGUCUCCCUCCGGCUGCUGCCAGCCUCCUGCCUCUGUCCCCGGGGCACUCACUGGCCCCUGCACUCUGCCUUAGUCCUGGGCUGGCCACACUGCCUGGGGCUCCUCACUUGCUGCAAUGUCAUAGCAAUAAAAUGUGAUUCUUGGGGUCCCCCCAGGAGCUUCCCAUGGCUUUAUUUAUAAAUCUGGCUUUGGGAGUCACAGGAGGAGAUACUGCUUCUGUGCACAGCCCUGUCUUCCAGGAGCCACGACUCAGAAGAAAAGGGUGCUCGGACUUUUAUUAUACACAUUUGCUUUGUGUAAAUAAAUGUUUACAGUUUUAUAUUAAAAGACGGAAUAAGCGUUAGAGCUUCCAACUGUAUAUUUUUUACUUUUAUAGAUUUAAAAACUAUGAUCCUUUAUAUAUGUGUUUUUGGGGAGCUAUGACAAGUUUUUUGGCAAACAGUUGGUAUUGUUAACUUUUUAUUGUCAUCAAAAGUGCAUAGAAAUCCUAUUAAUCCCCUUAUUCUUCUACUGCCCUUAACUCUGGUAUACACCAAAAAAAUUUUCCUUGUCCUGUCAUUAUAAAAAAUAAUAAAAGUAUUUUGCUAGUA